AUGGGGGUGAAGCGGAGCCUUCAAAGUGGGGGUGUCCUGCUCAGUCUCUUGACCAAUGUCCUCACCGUGCUGUCUACUGCCACCAACUACUGGACCCGUCAGCACGGCGGCCACAGCGGCCUGUGGCAGGAGUGUGUCCAGGGCAACUGCUCCAACAUUCCCUGCCAGAGGGUUGGCACGGAGGCCCCGGCCUUCUGGUUGCUUUGCUGUGACCCUGUCUUCUCUCCUGCUGGGCAGAUCCGAGUCAAGCCAGACAAGUCCGGGGUGGUCACAGACGGUGUGAAGCACUCCAUGAACCCAUUCUGUGAGAUCGCGGUGGAGGAGGCUGUGCGGCUCAAGGAGAAGAAGCUGGUAAAGGAGGUCAUCGCGGUCAGCUGUGGCCCUUCCCAGUGCCAGGAGACCAUCCGUACGGCCCUGGCCAUGGGUGCAGACCGGGGUAUCCAUGUGGAGAUACCGGCUGCAGAGGCCAAUCACUUGGGGCCCCUGCAGGUGGCAAAGGUCCUGGCCAAGUUGGCAGAGAAGGAGAAGGUGAACCUGGUACUGAUGGGCAAGCAGGCCAUCGAUGAUGACUGUAACCAGACAGGUCAGAUGACAGCGGGGCUUCUGGACUGGCCGCAGGGCACAUUUGCCUCCCAGGUGACUAUAGAAGGUGACAAGCUGAAAGUGGAGCGGGAGAUUGAUGGUGGCCUGGAGACCCUACGCCUGAAGCUGCCAGCUGUGGUGACUGCUGACCUGAGGCUCAAUGAGCCCCGCUAUGCCACAUUGCCCAACAUCAUGAAAGCAAAGAAGAAGAAGAUCGAAGUGAUUAAGGCUGGAGACCUAGGCGUGGACCUGACCUCCAAGCUCUCUGUGGUCAGUGUGGAGGACCCACCUCAGCGCACAGCCGGCGUCAAGGUGGAGACCACCGAGGACUUGGUAGCCAAGUUAAGGGAGGUGGGGCGCAUUUGAGCCCCUUUCCAGAAGCAGAACAAUAAAACCAUGACUUUUGUUUUCCUGACACCUCA